UCCCAUACCUAGGACUAUCCGGGAAACCGUUAUUCCCCCACUAUGUGUGUGUGUCUGUAACAGUUGUGCGGUUGAGUUUUUUGUGUUUCUGAAGCUAGUGAUGUCCAUUUUCCAGAAUUUUGUCAUGCCACUGCCCGACGAGGGCAAGUGCCACAUUUGCAAGAGAGUCUUCUGCUGCGGCAAGUGCCGUCAGAAGCAUCAGUUCAACACCCACGCCAUUGCUGUGCGGGAAUCGUUAGCUCUCCCAGCGAGCAACUCCUCCGGGGAAUCCUCCUCCACCUCCUCAUCAUCCACAUCCUCCACUUCAUCCUACUCCGCUGGUGGCAUCAUCGAGCAUCGUCUGGAAAUGGAGCCGGGGGUGACCACCAUCUAUGUAUUUUGUCCGAUUUGCGAGCGGCGGCCACUGCUGCUCCGCGAGGAGAUGCACGGCGAGCUGCUGGCCCACAUCGAGGCCUGCCACCUGCCGUUGCGGUGCCGGAAAUGCCAGCGCAACUACACCCGGAUCGACGAUCUGCGGGAGUUUAGCAAAUGUGCCGAUCAGCAACAGGAUUGCUCCGGUUCUAGUGACCUCACCUGCGACACAGAAGCCUCCAAGAUCACCGUGAAGAAGGCGCCGGCCGUCGUCGUUAGCACCACCAUGUCCACCCAGACCUCGCCGGCCGUGACGCCCAUAUCCCUCUUCAAUAUGCGCUGGAAGGCCAAGCGAAGCAUCACCCACGAGGAGUACAUCAGCGACAGUGUCUCCUCCAUCCGGAAUCUCUCCUCGAUCAGCAACAGUUCCAUUCGCCGAUCCAUCGGCCAAAUGGGUGGAAUUUCCGAUAAGGGUAAAGUGAUCCGUACCACGUCCACGCCGCUCCAGGUGGAGUCCAUGUUUGCCAAGCCCAAGGAGCCCAUAACCUUCAAUGCCUCCGGCGGGGGCUAUGUCUCGAGCAUAUAUCACGAAGAGCCCAGUCCAGCGAUCGAGACUAAUCCCCACCAGCAUCAGCACCAUCAGCAGCAGCAGCAGCAACAGCCCCUGCAGCAGAGGGCCUGGAAGAUGGGGGCGCGGAGCAAGAUGAGUGCCGUGACUCCGCUGCGCCAGGUCAUGUCGAAGAGCAUCCAGAAGGCGUUCGUGGAGCACGGCGGAAUGCUGGGGCAGCGCAGGGUGCGUCUGGACCUCAGCGAAUCCAAUAAUUACUCAACCAGCGAACAGGUGGGAGGAGCAGGACCAGGCGCAGGGCUGGGAGCAGGAUCUGCUGCAUCCUCCGCCUUGGACUUGCGCCUCUCUCCAGCCAUGCGACGCACCCAGAGCGAAUCCAGCGCCACGGCGAUGCAGAUCUCGUCCAAUUCGUCACAGUCCUCGCAGGCCCAACAGCACACCAGGCAGAUCCUGCUCUCGGCCCAGAAAACGACCACCGAGUCCAUCAUCAUCACCCGGGAGAGCUCCUCCACGGUCUAUAACUCCUGCGAGAGCGUGGAGAUCAUCCGUUCCACCUCCCAGUCGGCCGAAGUGCAUGUGCCACAUGGAACACCCAUUCGUGUGUCGACGGGAACUGGAAUAAACAAGAAACAGAUCAAAUUUGAGACACCAGGGCCGAAGGAUAACAAAGAGAACGAGGAGGAGAGCAGGGAAGACUUCUAUACCCCAAAUCCGGGAACGCCACCAGAGCGUCCAGAGCGGCGGCGCCAGGCGAUUGUGCCGCGGCAGCUGAGCGGCGAGUUUUCGCCCAAGAAGGAGACAGAGGCCAAGAAAGACCGUGGCCAGGUUGUGGCCAGACCCAAGCCGCGUCCUCCGUUGCGGGAGUGUCGUCAGGUGAAGGCCUUUAGCGGCGUCCAGGAUAUGGCCGUAGAGCCCGAGGACGACGAGGAUGAGAUCUUCCUGCCCACCAAUGCGUCCACGCGGAAUGAAAAGAAACAGGAGCCGGGAACCGGUAGUAUUUGGUCCCGGAUGAGCUCCAUGAUCCGGCUGCCGGCCAGCCUGCGCGGCGAGAAGGAUGCCAACAAGGAGAACGCUGGUGGUUCCCUCAUCCGGCGCUGUGCCUCCAUUGCUGGAUCCCUGGUGCGUCCAUCACGCGGCGAUUCCACCGACAAGGAGGAGGAUGUUCAGAGUCUGAAGCGGAAGCGCACCCAAACGCUGGAUAAUCAGUACUGCAGUCCACUGUCGCCGUCCAGUUCCUGCAAGCGCUAUCGCAUCCGGCCCCGGGAACCCAUAGAGCGCAUGCGCAACAACUAGAUUUUAGCUUUUUAAGUGUAUUUUGUGAUUUUUUCAAUAAAUUCUUUGUUGUCUGGAA